AUGCCAGACGAAAGACCCAUCGUGCUCGACUUAUGCACCAAGCUCCGCACCACAGUCAGCGUCACCAUCGCGCUCACCUCUUCUAUCGAGUCCAGGCUACCACAACGCGCUGAACAACUCAGUGAUAUCAACCACCAUCUGACCGACAGCCUCUCUGCGACAGACUUCUUCAUCGCCCACCAGAAGACGCUCUCGCUACCCGAGGACAGUUUCUCCAUCACCUUUCUCCGCCAAUACAUUGCUCUUAUGACGCGGAUCCACAGCAGAUUACACCAAGUCGAGCUACUAUGUGGUCUCGUCGAUGAUAUAUCGGAUGGAGUUCUGAUUCCAUUGGAGUGCGCUGGCUGGAGGUACGACCGGGAUAAACUUCUUGCCUUCGAGCAGCGACUGAAGUCACCACUGGGCCCGUAUGCGCAGCAGCAGCUGGAUCAGGUUCGUAGUACGGUUGACUCGUUGAGGCGGAGCAGGAAUUCAGAGGAGAGACUUCGACAUGCUGGAAAGGCGAGAGAGGCAGAGGAGUGGCAGCGUGUCCUGGAGGAGCUGAAACGUUUGAGAGAGGAUGUUAGUAUCCUGCGGAAGGGGUAUGAGUUGUUCGCUCAAGAUGAAUCGCAUGCAGCUCGCGAUGAGCAGGAUGGUAGUCGAAGGCGGUCUCUGUAG